GCCGGCCGGGGAAUGCGCGGGGCGCGGGUGCGGAGCGCUGCCUCCCUCGUAGGCGCUCGCCGGCCUGGCUGUCGCGCCGCCGCAAAGGAUCCCUGGCCGUCCCGGAAAUGCUCUCGGCCGGCGCCAACAUGGCUGCGGCCCUGCGGGCUGCGGGCGCGCUGCUCCGCGAGCCGCUGGUGCAUGGCGGCUCGAGGGUCUGUCAGCCAUGGCGGUGCCAGUCAGAUGCAGCGGCGGCGGCCACCACAGAGAAAGUGCGUCAAGCCAAAACUGCAACACCUCAAGCUCAGCCAGAAAGGAGGAAGCCCAAAACCGGCAUAUUAAUGUUAAACAUGGGGGGCCGAACCCUCGGAGAAGUUCAAGACUUCCUUCAAAGACUCUUCUUGGACCGAGACCUCAUGACACUUCCCAUUCAAAAUAAGCUGGCGCCAUUCAUCGCCAAACGCCGAACCCCCAAAAUUCAAGAGCAGUAUCGCAGGAUCGGAGGUGGAUCCCCCAUCAAGAUGUGGACUUCCAGGCAGGGAGAAGGCAUGGUGAAGCUGCUGGAUGAGCUGUCGCCUGACACAGCACCUCACAAAUACUAUAUUGGAUUUCGGUACGUCCAUCCUCUGACAGAAGAAGCCAUUGAAGAGAUGGAGAGAGAUGGCCUAGAUAGGGCCAUUGCUUUCACACAGUAUCCACAGUAUAGCUGCUCCACCACGGGCAGCAGCUUAAAUGCCAUUUACAGAUACUAUAACGAGGUGGGACGGAAGCCCACCAUGAAGUGGAGCACAAUUGACAGGUGGCCCACGCAUCCCCUCCUCAUCCAGUGCUUUGCAGACCACAUUCUGAAAGAACUGGAUCAUUUUCCACGGGAGAAGAGAAGCGAGGUGGUCAUUCUGUUUUCUGCCCACUCCCUGCCGAUGUCUGUUGUCAACAGAGGGGAUCCCUAUCCCCAAGAAGUAGGUGCCACUGUCCACAAAGUCAUGGAAGAGCUGGGUUACCCCAACCCCUACCGACUGGUUUGGCAGUCCAAGGUUGGCCCCGUACCCUGGCUGGGUCCUCAAACAGAUGAGGCUAUCAAAGGGCUUUGUGAGAGGGGGAGGAAGAAUAUUCUUUUGGUUCCAAUAGCAUUUACCAGUGAUCACAUUGAGACGCUUUAUGAACUGGACAUUGAAUACUCCCAAGUACUAGCCGAGAAGUGUGGAGCGGAAAACAUCAGAAGAGCGGAGUCUCUUAAUGGAAAUCCAUUGUUCUCUAAGGCCUUGGCUGAUCUGGUACACUCACACAUCCAGUCAAACAAGCUGUGCUCCACGCAGUUGACUCUGAGCUGUCCGCUCUGUGUAAAUCCUGUCUGCAGGGAGACUAAAUCCUUCUUCACCAGCCAGCAGCUGUGACCCUGCCUGAGGACCCGUGGGAUUUGCAGAUGCACGACCUCCAGACCCUCCCCAGUGGGGAUGGAAGCCACGUCAGCCUGUGCACAGCCUUUGGGCACAGACCAUGAUUUCUUUCUUGCCUUGUUUUAGUUUAGUUUACUUUAGUUUUUGCUUCCCCAUGUAGUCCACGCUGGCCUCCCGCUCUCAUUUCCUGAACGCUAGCUAGUAUCACAGACAGGCAAAAUUGUGUUUCUUGGGGAACAGACUCUAAAGUUCUUACUGAGGUUUCUAUUUUCAUACACACUUACCGUGAACACUCACAACCCUUUCUGGGGUCAGUUGACUUGAGUGGAGUGUCUACUGUGACUCCAGGAAUGAGUUGUGAGUUUUUAUCUUAUGAGGCACAUACAGAUUCUGCACUUACUGCCCCAAACAGCCUCCUAAAAUAGUAUGGCGAGCCCCCUCUAUGUGCUACCCAUGGUGACUGAGAUGUCUACAGCCUCAUGGAUGUAGCUGAAGUGAAGAUAGUUAAUGUAUGAAAUAGAAUUUGUUGAAGAAUUGGGCUCAGGGCGCAUAGCUUAGUGACUGUGUGCCUGCCUAGCAUGCACGGGGCUCCCAGUUUGAUCCCCUGCACGGCAUGUAGACAUGAUGUUCCCUACUCUUUUCCCCAAGUCUGAGAGUACGGGAAUGCUGGUGAGUCGGUGUGAUCACUAAAAUGGCCUCUAUUGCCAGUGCCACUGCCAGUCAUUGGCCAUUGUGGUGUCUGUGGGAGAAUCUGGCUUUCCUCCCCUGAAACUAAAACAAGUGUGCAUUUCAAAGUGCUCUGAGAUUCCCCGGGCACGAAGCCUAAUAAACGUGUGGAAAUUCAGUCUUUGCUGUACGUGCCUUAGUUUGAGUUCAUGGUGCCUCAGGGAAGGUGGGGCUCCGUCUGCUUCCUGUCUCCAAGGACCAUGCCACCAGGAAAUGCGACGGAUGGAUUUGGUCUCAACGGGGCCAAGGAGCCUCCUAGCAUCGCGCUGUUCUUGGUUGAGUGCCCCUGUUUUCUGCUCACUUGUUUGAAAAUUGUUGUAUAAAGUCGACUAUGUCUGAUAACCUUGAAUUUUCUUCAUUAAUAAGUUUUUAUUAUAAAAUGAUGUAGUCAUAGAAUGGGUCAUUUGUAAAACACAGAGAAGAGAAAUAACCACUCUAAUGUAAUAAUUAUCAUUUUAUCCCAGCCUUUUCCUGUGGAUAUUGUAUAUAUUGAUUCUUUGAGAAUUUCAACAUAGUCCAUCAUCAUUGCCUUCCUUUCCCCGCCUAACUUGUUGCUGCCUGAAUGUGUAAUGAAAAGUUGUUCUAAAAGUGUAAAAAUUAUGUCAGAGCAGAAUCUGAUAUUCUGUAUUUGGAUUUAAAGGGAUUUCAAAGUCGCUGGGAUCCUUGAAAGAUUUGUAAUAAUCACUUUCUUUGAGACUUUGUUCUUCAAAAAGAA